AGUUUGGCUAAAUAUUUGUCCUAUUCUGUUCAGUGCAGUGGCCUCUCUCAGGAGGUAACUGAGAGGUUAACACCACGCACGCAUCUCUGUUUUGAAGGAACUGGAGCGGAGGAAGGCUGCGCACACUCUCUGUCUGCAGGAUUGGAACGUGGUUACCCCAGUCAACUUUCUCUCAAGUCGUCGGGGCAAAGAGGAAGAAAUACGAGGAAUAGGAUAAACGACUGGAGUGGUUACCCUCCUUCUCCUCCUCACACGGUAAAUUGAAUGAAGGGGCUCUUUCCGACUCGAAAAGCAUGAAACAAGCUCAUGUAGCCUGGGCAUUGAUUUAAUAUACCCGUCCCGUCCUUGACUUCGUUGUUGUUUUUGACGGAUACACAUGUGUCGGGAAUGCUACCAUGGCCACGCCGAACAGCCUUCAGCAGCAGCAGGAUUACUUCAGAAGCGUCAGCAACGAAUCCACAACGUAUAUGAUGGUCCCGGCCACGGCAAACAUGCGUCGCGAUGCCGCGCCAUCCAAGAUGUGGAUCGCAAUGGUGGUGAUUGUGGUGAUCGUUCUACAGAUUGCCUCGACCACCGGACUGUUCGUGUACCUGAAUAUGUCAGUAUCACAGGUGCGUAGCCAGGGUGUAACAGAGGAGCUGAAGUGUCUCAGUCUGUUAAAUGCUUUGGAUAAAGACCAAGACAUCCCAGAGAACCUGGCUCAGCUGUUUGGAGAGCCCUGCAUCAAACUGGCUGAGGGCAUCAAGGCCUACAUCUCUAAGGUGACAGAGAACAUAAUCUCAAAGCAGACGUUUCAAGAAGCGAGAACGUUACCUCACACCUUCAACACUUCGGGGUCAAAGUUCGCUACCUCUGUGCCCCAGCGGCCGUCAGCCCACCUGACCCUCAGAGACAGCAGCACUCAAGGGUCUCCCAUGUAUCCCACCCCCCAGCCCGACCUCCACCAAUCAUGUCGCCACCCAGUCCGCUCGUGGACCAAUCAGAGCUUCGGAGCCCACCUUCACAACAUGACCUUAGCCGAUGGGAGGCUGCGUGUGCCCCAGGAUGGGCGUUACUACAUGUACUCUCAGGUCUACUUCCGCUACCCGUCGCCCAGUGAAGGGGACCAGCCAACAGCCAGUCACCAGCUGGUCCAGUGUGUCUACAAGAAGACGUCCUACCUGCGGCCCAUCCAGCUGUUGAAGGGCGUAGGCACUAAGUGUUGGGCCCCAGAGGCAGAGUACGCCCUCCACUCUGUCUACCAGGGAGGGCUGUUUGAGCUGAGGGCCGGGGAUGAGCUCUUCGUCUCUGUCUCUUCCCCCACCAUGGUUCAUGCAGAGGAGUCAUCAAGUUAUUUUGGGGUGUUCCGUUUGGAUCUGUAAAUGGAGGGGGAGAUGGAGGAGAGCGAGAGGGGAGACCACUGCCAGAAGAGGGUAUGGGGUGGGAUGAAAAGGAUAGGGUGAGGAACGGAGGCAGCGUGAGGACACUGCCAGAGUGAGGAAUUAGGGGGUGAAAGGAGGGAUUAGAGGAGAGGAGGAGGGAAGGGUGAGACCCCAAGGACUAACUCCCCCAUUCUUUCCAAAGUGAAUUGUAAAUAGAUCUGGAGAUUCUACAUGUGAAGGAGGGAGUUAUGAACCUGAAAACAUUGGAUGGACACAGAGGAUCAAAAGACAGAAGAAUGUAUUCAUUUAUAAUUCACAUCAUAUAAUGUGGAACUGUGGAACAGAACGGUAGCAGAAAAAAAUGGCAAAGAAAUGUAUGUGAUGAUGUGAUAGCCAGGAGUGGUGCAGUAUGCUCGCUGUAUCUGUGACAUUUAUACAUACAUUACAUACUGCCUGUAUAGAAAGGAGUUGAGCACAGAACUAGAAUGAGUUAUAUUCUAAUCAUUAUAUUUCUGUGAAGUUGACUGUCUGUUCCAAAGGUUCUAACUGGACAUUUGGCGGUUUGGGAAAUUAGAACAAAUACUAAUAUGUUGUAUACAAGACCAUUUAGAGAAAGAAGAAGAGUGGAGGACUUUUGCUCGCUGCAUUGUUGAGGACUUUUAAACUUUGGAUAUAAGACAGUUUGGAAGAGGACUCUGUUUUGUUGUUGUUUAAACGACAUUGGACACUGUUGAACACAGUUAUGGAUUGAAUAAAGGAGAAGAAGAGGAGGAUAAGGAAAGGGCAGAGGAAUGGAACAGACAGUACAAAGAAAGGACAGAGAGAGCGAAAGAGGGGUAUGCGGCCCUACCAGUCUCUUAAGUAAACUUUGUCUCUCGCUCUCUCUUUCUUUUUCUCUUAUCUCUCUCUCUCUCUGGAAUCUCUCUCUGGAAUCUCUCUGGUCUCCACCUGUCUGUCCAGUGUAACCUGUGGAACAGCAUACUGAUGCCGGGAAACACAUACACACACACUGUCGGACCUACUUUAAGCCCAUGCCAGUCAGCAACAAUUGGCAGAAAGUAAACACACUUUAAUCUAAACACAAACCAUACACAGCACAGCAUGGCUCCCUGCCCUACAGACACACUUCACUUCUCUCUCUGAGACACACACACACAACGCCUCCCUUUGUCGUCUGGUAAUUGUCAGUGCACAAGCGGAGGCUGUGUGUGUGUGUGUGUGUGUGUGUGUGUGUGUGUGUGUGUGUGUCCAGUGUUCAUUGGCUCCGUGGUUGUCUCGGAGGAAGGUUAAACAAACAUACAGUAGGGUUUGUUUGGGGGCCUGCCAGCUUUGUAUUCUUUGUUUUGCAGAGAAACAUGCAACACACACAAACACUUUCUCUCUCUCAAAGAGGAACACGAAAUACACCCACACACACAGUCAGACACACGAGAGGGAUGCCGCGGAACACGAGACACAUGCAGAAAAACACAAACACACAGACACACAAGAGGGACUCCGCAGAACACGCAACACAUUCAAAUGCAUAGACAUACACAUGAUAGGGACUCCGCAGAACAUGCAACCCACACGCCCACACUCUCUCUCUUACACAUACACACACAUAACACACAAAACUGGGUGACGAUUAACCACCUCUUCCAAGAAUCUGUGGUGGGUUGUAUCUGUGUUUAUAGUGUAUGUACAGAUGUAGGAUCUUAAUUUGAUCCAGUUUUCUAAUGCAGGAACAUAAUCCUGCAGCAACAGUAAAUGUGAAUUAUUAUAAUUAUUGGACAUUUUUGUGGGGGAAAUUACAAACUUCAGAAGUCUUUUUAAACCUCAAAUACACAACCAUUUAGAAAUGUCCUGCCAUGCAAAUUAAGAGCCUCCAUCUGUAUAGUUCUUAUACCGUGUAAACUUGAGGGAGAGGGUGGAGACACCAAGUGAACCAUAAAUUGUUCGUUUUUUUCACACGUGUGACAGCCGUCUUUAUUUGUUUGGUUGCUGUUUUAAUCCUGUCACUUCCAACAUUUUUUUACUUUGAUCAAGUUUGCUCACUGGACCCUCGCUCACACAUAUAGACACUCCUACUAGUUGGAGGAGCCCCCAAAAAACACUACACCCCACUAACGGUACCAAGCCAUCUGCCAGUUAAGUUAAUUCUGAUAACUUUCCCAAAAUGUUGGAAGAUUGCUAGAAUUAGAAGGGAAUAAGCAGGAAACCCGUGAAUCCUAACACACUAGGCCAUUUAGCAGACACUAGCUGGCACAGCGACAAAGUCAUACAACCUUAAAUUAAGACACAAAAGCUCAUUUUAGUUUUCAUGCAUUUUUACAAUCUAGCCAAUUUUGACUUUGCAGCUGGCCUAAGGGGAAAUCGCUCAGUUCUGCCUCCAGGACAAGACUCAUGUCAACCUGGUACAUUUUCCUAUUAGUGACUCCAACGGGUAUAAAACCCAUGACCCUGGUAUUGCUAGCGUCAAUGUUUUACCAACUGUGCCACACAGGACCCCAACAUGUAUUUGUUUGAAAACCUGAGAAUUUGGGAAAAUAACUAAUUUUGCAACCGUAAACAAGACAGAGUAUGUUAUAGAUACAUUGUUCCCCAGCAUGUUCCUCUUUGGGUCGAUAAAUCAUUGUUGUUCUGUUUCAUAGAGUGUAGUACAACACACACACACUCAAGGUUUCCCAACACACAAUCUGACAACAGUUAUGAACAUGGACCUAUAGGUUUAGAUACAACACACACACACACACACACAUUGGAGCUGUACGUCUAUUACAUACAUAUUCAGUCCAGCGAAUACAAUUUCUUUACUUUGUAGCAUGUUGGUUAUGUGAAUAUACCAUUUUUGUGUGUUACAGAACAGUGGUUCCCAAACUUUUUAUAGUCCCCGUACCCCUUCAAACAUUCAACCUCCAGCUGCAUACCCCCUCUAGCACCAGGGUCAGCUCACUCUCAAAUGUUUUUUUUUGCCUGCCACACACACACUAAGUGAUACAUUUAUUAAACAUAAGAAUGAGUGUGAGUUUUUGUCACAACCUGGCUCGUGGGAAGUGACAAAGAGCUCUUUUUAGGAACAGGGCACAAAUAAUCAUAUAAUAAUAAUCAAUAAUUUUGCUCUUUACAUAUAAAACCUUAUUUGUUCAUUGAAAAUUGUGAAUAACUCACAACAGGUUAAUGAGAAGGGUGUGCUUGAAAGGAGGCACAUAACUCUGCAAUAUUGGGUUCUAUUGGAGAUCAUUUUCUACACAGUCUGUGCCUGUAUUUAGUUUUCAUGCUAGUGAGGGAAUCCACUCUCACAUAGGUACGUGGUUGCAAAGGGCAUCAGUGUCUUAACAGCGCGAUUUCAAAAGGCAGGAUACUCUGAGUGCAGCCAAAUCCAGAAAUAGGUGGCUUCAUGGGCUUCUGAUUAAAUUCAAUUUUCACAGAACCGCUUGUUGCAAUUUCGAUGAGGCUCUUUUGUUCAGAUAUCGGUAAGUGGACUGGAGGCAGGACAUGAAAGGGAUAACGAAUCCAGUUGUUUCUGUCAUCCGUUUUGGGAAAGUACCUGCAUAAUUGCACACCCAAUUCACUCAGGUGCUUCGCUGUAUCACAUUUGACAUUGUCCAUAAGCUUGUGUUCACACAAAAUCAUACAAUGAUGGAAAGUCCUGUGUGUUGCCCUCAAUAAAGACAGAGAAGAGCUCCAACUUCUUAAUCAUAGCCUCAAUUUUGUCCUGCACAUUGAAUAUAGUUGCGGAGAGUCCCUGUGAUCCUAGAUUCAGAUCAUUGAAGCGAGAAAAAACAUCACCCAGAUAGGCCAGUCGUGUGAGAAACUCGUCAUCAUGCAAGCGGUCAGACAAGUGAAAAUUAUGGUCAGUUAGGAAAACUCUCAAUUCAAAAAAACGUGGCAAUACUUUGCCCCUUGAUAACCAGCGCACUUCUGUAUGUUGUAAAAGUGUUACAUGGUCGCUGCCCAUAUCAUUGCAUAGUGCAGAAAAUACAUGAGAGUUCAGGGGCCUUGUUUUAACAAAGUUAACCAUUUUCACUGUAGUGUCCAAAACGAUUUUUAGCUGUCAUGCAUUCCCUUGGCAACAAGAGCCUCGCGGUGGAUGCUGCAGUGUACCCAUGUGGUAUCGGGAACAACUGCUUGCACGCGCGUUACCACUCCACUAUAUCUCCCUGUCAUGGCUUUUGCACCAUCAGUACAGAUGCCAACAUGAGCAGCAGCUACAUAUGGACCGUUAGUGGAAUUCCCGCGAGAGAUUUAAUGUAAUUGGAUGUUAAUUAUUUGACUAAGCUACCUGUAUUUGACAUUGUGUUGUUUUCGCUGAACACUAGGUGGUUUCAUUUUAUUUUUGGCAGUGAAACGAGGCUACUCAUCAUAUGCGAGGGGGAAAAACUCACCAAAAUGUAUAGCCCCUGUUGGAAAAUCUAAAUGGACUGUUUGAAAAUGUGAAGAAGAAAGAAAUGGGGUCGGGGGGUAAUCGUUCCCAGUUUGGGAAUACCCGUUAUAGGAGAUUUGCACCUUGGGUCCUGUGUGUGUUUUUAUAUGUAAAUAUGGCUUUGAAAGCCUGAAUUGACACACUAUAAUCAUAAAUGUAAUCACUGCCAGAUACUAUGUUGGUUACUUUCAAAGUCUCUCCCUGUCCUUGAAAAAGAUACUGCGUGCAUUGUAACAGUUCAGUUGUAAAAUUACAGGUUGUUUUUUUUUGUUCAUGGGAAUAUGGUUCGGUGAACUCUAGGUGUGCAUGCGUGUAUGCAUGGGUGUUGAGAGAGAGGUGUAGCAGCAGCACGUGUAAGGGACGGGUGUGAAAUUUGAUGAAGACAGAUCUUAUUCUACAUAGCUAUACUGCGCUCUCUGUGUCAAUCUCUCUCUCUCUCUCUCUCUCUCUCUCUCUCUCAUUAUAAACCGUUAUAAAACCAAAGGGCACAUUCUCAGAACAAAAGGUGUAUUGUUUGUUUUUUAAAGUACUUUUUACAUGCUUUAACCACACGUUCUCUCCUAGGCUGUGUCCCGAAUCGCACUCUAUUCCCUACGUGUGCAACUUCUGACCAGGCCACAAUUGGCCCUGAUCAAAAGAAGUGCACUGAAUAGAAAAUGGUGUGCCAUUUGGGAAACUAUCCUUUCCUACACUCCUUUUACAAAUGUUUUUCUGUUUUAUCUCGUUUGAUAAUGAUAGGCCACUUAUGGAACGUAUGUACAUGUAUACAUUGUAUUCUGAUGUUCCUUUGACUAGGAUGUUAAAUGUGUGUUAAAUAAAGUGCUGAAAAAUGGUAA